CAGUCGUGUGUGAAUCUUCGACAAACGUACAAGUUCGGUUCGUCAUCCAACUGGACCUGGUCGCCAACGUAGUCCACUCCGAACCAUGGAUUCAAGUGAAAUUUGAUACAGUUUAAGAUUACUCUUUUCCGAAAAAAGAACAUCAACGGGAAAAAAGAACAAACACAUGUUACACCCUACUGUGCUCAUCUCCCAUGCCAAGAGCGAACGAACAGCGAGCGACACCACCGACCACCCCCAUGACCCACGGCAAGAGGAAGCGAACUGACGAUGGCUAGAAUGAUAUCAUCCAGCCCGGGGUUGUUUGGAUUUCUACCGGCGGCAAUAAACAUCCACCUGCGGCUGCUGCUGGUGGUGGUGCUAACGGUAGUGUCCGGCAGUUUGGAGCCGCCGAGUCAGCUUGGUCAGCAGUCCAAUCCGCUGCUGGUGGAUGAAAAUGCGCUGCUCGAUGGUUUCGGUGCGCACGGCCACGAGCUGACGCAGUCGCAGAACUUUCAACGGCAGGAUGCUCUGGUGAAGGCGUGCGCCCAGAUGAGAGACCAUCUGGAGUACAAAUCGUUGGACGAGUUGAACCCGUUUCAGAUGAGUCACCUGCUGGUGGACGAGAAGCACAAGUUUCUGUACUGCUAUGUUCCAAAGGUUGCCUGCACCAACUGGAAGCGAAUUCUCAUGAUCAUGACCGGCAGGUGGAACGGUACAGACCCCCUUCAGAUUCCAGCAGACAGCGCACAUUCCAACGGCAUGUUCAAAACGUUCAAUUCCCUGGAACCCGAAGAACAGCAAAAAGUAUUAACCGACUACAACCGAUUCAUUUUGGUACGACACCCAUUCGAAAGGUUGCUGUCUGCCUUUCGCAACAAGCUGGAAGGAAACUCCCGGAGUGCCAAAUAUUUUCAGUCACGCGUGGGUAAAACCAUCAUCCGAUCUUUCCGUCCGAACGCUUCCAACGCAUCGCUGGAGCUUGGCCAUGACGUGACCUUUCUGGAGUUCAUACAGUACCUGCUGACGCCGGAGUUGAGUCGCAACUCGAACCUCUCGUUCAACGAGCACUGGGAACCGGCCGCCAAACUGUGCCAUCCGUGCCUGCUGCAGUACAACAUCAUCGGAAAGUACGAAACCCUGGUGGACGAUUCUUCGCUGGCGCUCCACCUGACCGGAAUGAGCGACAUCAACUUUCCGAUCGCCUACAAAACGUCCGGCACCAACGAACGGUUACGAAAGUAUUUCAGCGACAUUCCACUACCGAUUAUACAAAGUUUAUACAAACUGUACGAGGACGAUUUUCGACUGUUCGACUAUGGGCUGGACGACAUUCUGGGGUUCGAGCUUGGAUGACCCCCGCCCUUAUGUUCGGACGGUGGAGUCCCCUUGCAUGCGAUAACGACAAUGAUGUUCACGACGACAAAUCAAAUCUAGUUCUAGUGCUAACUACUUAGUAGAGACAAAGGUUUAUGGUACCAGGUACCGGGGUUUCUUUAGUUUCAGUAAACCAUAAGACUUACUCUGUCAGAUUUUACAAACAGUUUUAAAUAAGUAGAAUGAAAAUAAUGACAAUACUAGAUCAUGGCAUAGAGAUAAUGUGAAAUAGUAAAUUAGGUUAGCAAUAAGGACAAGUAACCCGUACUACGCUUCCGAGCAGCUCAUUGCUACACACUUGUGGUGGAUGUAGCACCGAAAUACUUCAUACUCAAAGUGUACAAUUAUAAGUUAGUUCUAACAUUCGCAAAUUGGACCGUACAUGAUUUUAAGAUGUGAUUUUUUCGUUGGUAUGUACUUAUCAAAAUUUGUUAAAGAUAACUCUGUGAUUACGAACUAACCUGAGCAAUAAAUGUGGUUUUAUAAUUGGCA